CUACUCUCAACUUUUAAACCGAACUCUCUUCUCUUGUUGGUCUCUGUAAUGGCACGUCUUCUUCAAGAAGCCACCUCUCCAUCUCCGCUGGAGGUUUCUCCGACAUUAAGCUCCGAUCUCAUAGUCAUCAUAGCUGCUCUUCUCUGUGCACUCAUUUGCGUCCUCGGCUUACUCGCCGUCUCUCGAUGCACCUGGCUCUGGCGUAUAGCCACCUCGAACUCGGGCCAGACUCAUCAACCGCCGGUAGCUGCGGCCAAUAAAGGAUUGAAAAAGAAAGUCCUCCGUUCUCUGCCGAAGGUCACCUACUCGCCGGAUUCUCCACCGGCGGAGAAACUCGCCGAGUGUGCUAUCUGUCUGACGGAAUUCGCCCCCGGCGAUGAGAUCAGAGUGUUGCCGCAGUGUGGUCAUGGUUUCCACGUAUCGUGUAUUGACACGUGGCUUGGGUCCCAUUCUUCGUGUCCUUCUUGCCGUCAAAUCUUGGUUGUUGCUAGUGCUAGGUGUCACAAAUGCGGCGGGUUGCCCGGUAGCUCAAGCUCAGGAUCCGAACCCGAUGCCGGUAUCAAGCAACUUGAAGAUGCUCCUGAUAAUUUCUUACCUUGAUUCUUUUGAGACCUUUCCCCAUAUUUCACACUAUAUAUAAUAUAUUAAGAAUGUUCAUUGUCAUCAUUUUAAUGGAUAAUGUUAAUCUAUCAUAUGCAUUAAUAUAUAUAUUUAUUUGUUGUAAAUAUAUUAUGUAAUGGAAAGUUAAUAUCACAAACAUUUUAUUUCUUUGUA